UCUGAUGCCCCUAGGGUCUUAGAGUCCCUUCCGUCCCGGAAGCCCGCUUACCGAGGCCGGGGUGGAGAACUGGAGGCAGGUCCUCCCUCCCACUACGGGGAACACCGCUCCCGGCGGUGCUCAGUGUUCCUGUCUAAGAAAUUUGAUUGCAUUUUGCCGGUGGCCUGGAGAGGCCGCGUCCUGACAGCUUUUUCUGCCGGGCAUGAUGGGUGGGGUGGAGAUUGAGGUGGGCCUCAAGACAUGGAGACCAUGUCCCCACAGGAGAAUGGCUCUGGAGGAGGGCGGGAGACUGUCCGAGGUGCGGGCACGAGUUGGGGCUUCGCAUGGCAUCACCGAUCUGACCUGCAAGCUUCACUUUUAUGACCAGUGGGCCCAGGACUAUGACCAGGAUGUGGCCAUGCUGCAGUACCGUGCCCCCCGCCUUGCAGUGGAUUGCCUCACCCGUGCCCUGCCGGGCCCACCCCAUGCUGCCCUGAUCUUGGAUGUGGCCUGUGGCACUGGCCUGGUGGCUGUAGAGCUGCAGGCUCGGGGCUUCCUCCAGCUUCAUGGAGUGGAUGGGAGCCCGGGGAUGCUGGAACAGGCCCGGGCCCGUGGCCUCUACCAGCGCCUCAGCCUCUGCACGCUGGGUCAGGAGCCUCUGCCCAGCUCUGAAGGGACCUUUGAUGCGGUACUGAUGGUGGGUGCCCUCAGUGAUGGCCAGGUGCCCUGCAGUGCCAUACCUGAGCUCCUGAGAGUUGCCAAGCCAGGUGGGCUGGUAUGUCUGACCACCAGGACGAACCCAUCCAACCUUCGGUACAAAGAAGAACUGGAGGCUACCCUGGACAGGUUGGAGCAAGCCGGGGCGUGGGAACGCCUGGUGGCCUGGCCGUGGAGCAGUGGGAACUGGCCACCUCCAAGCUUGAGGUGGGGCCUGGCACUUCUGACAGCGAUGGCUUCAUCUCUGGGGUCGUCUACCUGUACCGCAAGCAGGAGGCAGCCUGGGCCGAGGGAGUGAGGCCCAGUGCCUAGCCCCCAGCCGGCCUCAGCCAGGGGGUCCUUGGGCCUGCUCCGCUUCACCUGUAAAACGGGACCACGCCUCCCACCCUGCGCAUGCCCAUUAAAGGAGCCUCCCUAGAGGGGCAGCAGGA